AUGCUAGGUACCAUCAACGAAGCAGGGCUCACCCCCGAGCAGGUCGAGUUCUUCAAUGAAAAUGGCUUCCUCGUGAUCCCCUCAUACUUGUCCUCAGAGGAGAUCCAAUCCCUGCUCGCAACCACCAAUAAUCUCCUAGAAAACUUCGACCUCGCAAGUCACCCCAUGACUCGCUUCACCACUGGAGACGACGGUGAAGCCGAAGACGACGAAAAAGCCAAACACGUUGGAGACGACUACUUCCUCUCCUCCGGCGACAAGAUCCAUUUCUUCUUCGAGCCAGAUGCAGUUGCGCCACCUGAUGCAAACACUCAGGAUAAGACGCCUCGAUUAUUGAAGCCGAAGCAUCUUGCAAUCAACAAGAUUGGUCAUGCUUUGCAUAGCAAAUCACCCCCAUUCGAGAAGGUUACAAUCUCCAAACGUAACGCGGCUAUUGCGCAGUCACUGGGGUUCAAGGAUCCGAAGUGCCUGCAGAGUAUGUUGAUUUGCAAGCAGCCGAGCAUAGGUGGACCGGUACCUGCACACCGCGACUCCGAGUUUCUGUAUACUUCGCCUCCGUCUGCAGUUGGGUACUGGGUUGCGCUACAGGACGCGACACCCGGAAAUGCGUCGUUGGGCAUGUGGAAGGGCUCCCACAAGGGCAGAAAAGGCGGCCACAUCCGUCGAAGAUUCGUGCGCGCCGAAGGAGGUGGUACAACAUUCAUCACCAACGAUGGACCCAGUCUGCCACUCGGCAAGGAUGAGGAAGCCUCUGGGAAGGAAGAGGACGAAGAUUUUGAGGUUCUGAAUGUCAAGGCUGGUGAUUUGGUGCUUAUUCAUGGGAAUGUGCUGCACAAGAGUGAGAAGAAUACGAGCGAUAAGAGCCGGUAUGCGUAUACGUUUCACGUCAUUGAAGGGGCUGAGGGGUGGAAUUAUGAUGAGCGGAAUUGGCUCCAGCCGCCGGCGGAGGGCUUCUCACGGUUGAAUGUUGCUUUGGAGGGACAAUGA